AUGUCUGAUUCGGAGAAAAAGUGCUCGGGAGCUGACUGCGACAAUAAAGCUGGCACCUUGCAAUGUCCAACAUGUCUGAAGCAGGGCGUGGAGGGUAGCUACUUCUGCGCCCAAGACUGCUUCAAGAGGAAUUGGGCCACGCACAAGGCCAUACAUGGCGCGCAGAAUGCUAGCGGAUUCCAUAACCCGUUCCCGACUUACGCGUACACUGGCUCGGUUAGACCUGUAUACCCGCUGUCGCCCCGGCGGCCUGUUCCCAAAACGAUUCGGCAUCCUGACUGGGCCGAGACUGGCAUUCCAAAGGGAGAGAAGCGCUUGAAUAAGUACAAGGUGGAUCUUUUGGAUGAGAAGGCCCAAGAGGCCAUGCGCAAGGUGUGCAGAUUGGCCCGAGAAGUACUCGAUAUCACUGCCGCGGCGAUGAAACCCGGCGUGACGACCGAUUACCUGGAUGAGGUCUGCCACAAUGCCUGCGUGGAACGAGAGUCAUAUCCCUCUCCUCUCAACUACAACCGUUUCCCCAAAUCACUGUGUACCUCUCCCAAUGAAGUCGUCUGCCACGGAAUCCCCGAUAAACGAAUUCUUCUUGACGGCGACAUCCUCAACCUCGACAUCUCUAUAUACCACGGCGGUUACCAUGCCGAUUUGAACGAGACCUACUACAUCGGCGAUAAGGCCAAAGCAGACCCAGACUCGAUUCGACUUAUUGAAACGACGCGGGAGGCGCUAGAUAUGGCCAUUGCCAUAGUCAAACCCGGUGUCCCGAUUCGGGAAUUUGGCAAGAUCAUCGAGAACCAUGCAACCUCUCGAGGUCUGAAGGUCGUCAAAAACUGGGGUGGCCACGGUAUCAAUUCGGAGUUCCAUCCUCCUCCUUGGAUUCCGCAUUAUGCGAAGAACAAGGCUGUGGGGACGUGUAAACCGGGAAUGACGUUUACGAUCGAACCUAUCUUGUCUCUUGGCAAUGACAAGAUUGUGUAUUGGCCCGAUGAUUGGACGAAUGCUACGGUUGACGGCAAACGCACUGCUCAAUUUGAACAUACUUUGCUUGUUACGGAAACAGGCGUUGAGGUGUUGACAGCGAGACUAGAGAAUUCCCCGGGAGGGCCGAUCCCCAUACCGGAGAUUGUGAAGGGAGAUGCAAAGCAGCAAUAG